AUGUUAUUAGCAACAUCUGAAUGGGUUCCAUAUAGAACUGAAAAUUAUUUCAGGUAUAAAUGACAUUUCAAUUUUAUUGUAGUUACUAGUAGUUAUACAAGUAUCUUUGGAUUGAAUAUCUUAAUUAUAUAAUUAUAAUUAUAUUAUUAUUAUUAUCAUUAUAUUGUUAUUAGGUAUGUACAAUUUUACCAAAGUUCUCUAAUUAAUUGGGAAUCAAAUAUUGAUGCAAAUACUGGUUUUUUGGUAAAAGUAUUGACUGUAAUAAAUAAAUUAUCAAUUGAACAUAAAUACUGUUGUCUAAUAAUUAACUUGGUGAUCAAUUUGAUGGGACAGAGUUAACCAUAGGUAAAAAAGAAAGGUAAGAUAAUGAGGAGGGGUGCAGCAAUUGGUGUAGGUGGGAUAAAGGCGGGAAUAUAAUUGAUAUCUGUAAACAAUGAUACACCAUUACUUCCAAAAAACGAUUCUGAGCAGAGUUUGGUUGAUAGUGAUGCUUUGUCAACAAUAUAUAUAUAUAUGUGUGAUUUUGUGGUAAAAUAAUUAAAUAAGCUUUUUAUAUUUUCUUAAAUACAAUGUAUUAUCAAUUUACUCAGAUUUCCAACUAUUUUUCCAUGUUUUAUCCGGGUUUUUACAUUAUCUAGAAAAACUUUUGAGAAAAUCAAAAAAUGACCUCCCUAAAGUACCUUGCUAGUAAAGUUUUCUUUUAUAAACAUUGCUGUCAUUAAAUGUUGGAGAAAAAUUGCUGGUAGAAAAGUUGUUCACAGAAAAAAGGCCGUGAUAAAUUUUAACUAAUACCUUCAUUUCUUAUAUUUUCCCAUUCUUUUUGGUUUAUCAAAUUUGAUGAGAAAACCCCUGAGAAAAUUAAAAAAUUACUUUAAUAAAGUAUCUCCUGACCCUAAUUUCCUUUCAUAAAAAAAAAAAAAAAACAUCUUUGUUAAAACAUAAACUCCAAUCAGAAUUUAAAAUAUAAAAUAGUUUUUUGUUAAUAGUUUUUUAUUGGUUUGUAGAUAAAAUAAGAUCAACUAUUCAAUCACAACUUAUUAAAAUUGUUCUAACUCAAUGUGAAAAAUAUUAAAAUACAAAUUAUAAAUGAAACAUAUGCAAAAAAUAUCUCAAAAUGAAAUAGUUACCUCAAAUUAAAUUUAUAAAUCAGUUAUUACAAAUACCUAUUCAUAUUUAAGAUUCAACCAUAAUAUUAUUUAUUCUUUAAGUGGGUAAUAGAAAAUAAGAUAAACAUUUGUAACUUACUGUUAUGAAUGUAGAUUGUACCUUUUAUCAUGAUAUGAUUUCAAAAUCCAAUUUGUAACAUCAAAUAGGAAUAGUGCAGAUGGGUUAUCCAGAUUGCCAGUGGAUAUAGGAAAAGAAUGUGGUGCUGGAGUGUCACAUUUACAUUAUGUGGAUGAAAUGAAGGUUUUAAAUGCAAGUUUAGUUCAGAAAGAGAAUAAUAAUGAUCCAUUAUUAAGUAAAGUGAAGUAUUAUAUAUCAAACGGUUGAUCAGAAAAAGUCAACAAAGAAUUAGAGGUGUUUAGACAUAAACAAGAACUGCUGAGCUUAGAACAAAAUACUAUAUUGUGGGGAUACAGAAUAGUAAUACCAAAGAGCAUACAAAAUAAAAUUCUGGAGAAGUUACACUAUAAUCACUUAGUGGUGGUUAAAAUGAAAUCGAUUGCGAGAGGUCAUUUAUGGUGGUUAGGCAUCGAUAAAGAUAUUGAAAACAUUGCCAGCAAAUAUGAUGAUUGCAAUAAGGUUAGACCCAUGCCAGGAAAAACAAGGGUACAUACAUGGAAGUGACCACAAAAUCCUUGGCAAAGACUCCAUGCAGACUUUUUAGGUCCAUUUAAAGGACAGCUAUUUUUAAUUAUAGAGGAUGCAUACUCAAAAUGGCUAGAAGUAUUUAAAGUGAAAGGAGCUCAAUACUCAAUAGAUAUAUUUAGGAACUUGUUUGCAAGAUAUGGGUAACUUGAAUACCUAGUAAUAGAUAAUUUCUCACCUUUUACUUCUGUAUAUUUCCAACAGUUUUUAAGGGAUAAUGGAAUAGGUCACAGGANACAUACCACAACCAAAUAAAGUCCGGCUAAGUUAUUGUUAGGUAAGAACCUACGUUCUAGAUUUGACAUACUCAAGCCUAAUAUUAGAUUAAGUGUCUCUGAUAAUCAGGAAAAACAAUUGGAGGGUAACAACAGGGUUUUCCCUGUUGAGAGAGUUUGAAAUAAAUGAAAUUGUACUAGUGAGGGAAUAUGCAACAAACACGUGGAUUAGAGGAAAGAUCAAACAAAGAGUAGGUAGUGUAUUGUAUUUAAUCAAACUAGGAAACAGUAUAGUACAUAAGAGGCACAUAGACCAAUUAAUAAAACUGAAGGAUUAGAAUGAAGCUAAAGAUUUAGAUAAAACUGAAAAGACUGAGGAAAUUAAGGAUAUAGUUGAAACUGAGAACGCUGAGGAAGUAAGAUAUCCAAAAAGCAUUAAAAAAACAAUUGUUAAAUUAGAUUUAGAAUAA